AUGGUCCCAGUGUCUGCCUCCACCAACCGGACGGACCAUGCAGCGAGAUGGCAGACCCAUGCCAUGAAGGAGCUUUGCGAUAAUAUUAUACGACCCUAUGACGAUGAGAUCAAGGACGUUUUCCUGAAGCACCUCAAAAACAAGAAGUCAAAGGCCAGAAGAUUCCAGAAGCCAUGCUAG